AUGAAUGAAAUAACAAGCUUGAACAUAAAAGCAGACGAAAGAGAGGUUACCUCGGCCUCGAUCGAUGCGAUCUUCUCCAAUAUGGUACUCAUUUUCGUUGUCGAAAAUCUCCUUUAACUUGUAAUAUACUUAAAACAAGUUUCUGUCAAGCUCGUUCGCGUUCUCCCAUUACAAAGCUAUUGGAAUAUAGAUAUAUUAUUGCACAAGUCUUGCACGUGCCGACAGAUUAUAAACAUACGUUACAUACACAACUUCAGAACAACGAAUAACCUACAAACAUUAAGUAUAAGCAAGAGAGGAGAGAAAUACAAAACUUAAGGCUAGUUUUCAAAUACUUUUGCUGUAAGAAAUUUACAAUUUAUAUCACAGUUAUUUGAAUAUAUAAUGAAAUCGUAAUUACAAUUCUAUAAAACUGUUAAUUACUACAUAACGUAGUAAUUAUUUCAAAAUAAUAUGUGUAUAUAAUUAAAUUAAUAUUCGGACUAAAAUAAUGUCACAACGAAAUACAAUAAAAAACAUUUUUUUCUUUUUUUUAAUCGUUUUUAUAUUUGCAACUGAUUCAUCCAAGUCAGUAAAAAUAAAGUCAUUGACAUGAUAAGAUCUAUGAUAUUAACCGUCAUUUUUCAGUAAUCUUUUAAAAAGAAGUAUGUAACAUAUAAUGCUUUUUUUUGUUUUUACGCCGGACUUUAAAAUCUCAUCAUUUUUGUGUUACAUUCUGUUCUGUUGUUUUAGACAGGUAUUGUACUACCAUUGACUAAUAACAUUGACUAAUAGGAGAGACUGAACAUCCAAUGCUUUUUCGUAUCCUAUGCACAGACGUCAUUUGUGACUUCGUCUGCGGUAGAGUGCACUUAAAACACAGUGAUUUUUUUACUAUGUCAGUAUUUCAGAUUACGGGCAAUGAAAGUCUGUAAGAUGCAAUAUCUAUUCAUAUAUCUCGUCUGACUAAAAAAACAAUCAAUUGACUAACUAGCAUAGACUGAACAAUGAUUGAACUCUUUUUCGUGUCCCAUCGCACUCUAGCAAACUAAAUUCGACAUGCUAGUUAAAGGAAAAAACUAUUCAAAAUGUCGAUCUACAUUUGAAAGCAUUUGCAUCUCUUGUUCUUUUUUUAAAGAAUCAACGUGAUGAGAUUACGGAUCAAGUAUUAUAAGUACGUGCACAGUGUGCACGUGUAGAUUUUUAUUUAUUUCUUUGUUUUUAAUAAAAUAUUGUUAGAGAAAAGGCAGCGUAGUUGGUUUAAGAUGAAUAAAAAAUUACAGCAGUGAAUAGUGAAACAAAUAAAAUUACAUAAUAUUGUAUAGAAAUUAAUAUACUUUUAUACUUUGAAGUACUAGUAGUAAUGAAGAACAAAAAAUAUUUCAAAUAUUAGCCUCAUUGAAGAAUGAUAUAAAGUAACGAUUUUGUUGUACUGCAGGUAAUUUGAAAUAGCUAAUAAUGACGUUCCAAUUUAUUGUCACUUUAUAAAAUUUAAAAAAUAUAUAUGUUUUCUUCUGAUCUAUAUAGAUAUUAGUUGUAACAAAAUAUUAUUAGUUAAAUAAAUAGCAAUUUUAGGUUUGUUUUUACAAUAAGUAUUUGAAUUUAUUGCAGAUUAGAAGUUUCCUUUUUUUAUGGAACAAGAGAAAUACUAAAAGAAAUAAAUGGGAAGUUGAAGUAAUUUCAGCUAUAACACAGGUACAGAUUUCAGUUGUAACUGAAGAGGCUUUUGGUAAACUUCCUUCUUAACCAAUAACAUUAAUCUUCGAAAAAAAAUCAUCAUCACGCUAUAGAAUAUUCUUAAUUACAUUCAUUUUUAAUAUUACAAAUUAGCAACAUGGCAUUACAGCUUAAAAUUCACAUUUUGCAUCAUGUCUUACUAAUCGCAAAAUUGACACGAAACCAUAGAAUUGAGUAAAUUAAACUAUUCACUCUGCAAACUGACAGUUUUAAAUGUCUGUAAAAACACAAGUGCUUGUUGAGUUGGAAUAUUCAAAUUACAGUUCGUUCACGUAUCAUUAAUUAAGUUAUCGAUCUCUAUUAUUUCUGAUGUUAUUAUACAAUUUAGAUAACGUUAGUACUUUAUUAAAUAUUUCUACAGAUAAGAUAUAUGACAUUUAUAUAUCUCAUCUGUGCCGUGGCCAAAAAAAUAUAUUGCAAUGUUUAUUCAUAUACCUCGUGUAUAGUAUUUUGAUAUUACAAGUUACCAACAGUAUUCCAAAUAUGCUGCAUUUUCUCUACACCUAAUAACAGAUGUAAUUAGUCUUGCGACACACAGCGAAGAACAUAAUCGUACUAAUGACAGUGAGAAAUUGUCCACAAUUUAAAUUGACAUAGAAAAUUGAUAAAAAAUAAUAAUUUAGUUAUUUCAAGUUGCUAUUUUUAUCUUUAUUCCAAAUAAAAUUUAUCCAAUCUUGCGAUGCUCUCAGUCCCGUUUUAAAUCUUAAACCCUCUACUUUGAAACUGUUAAUUGUCCAUUUUUUUGAAAAUGAUUUUGACAUCAUAUAACGAGUGAGAAGGUGAGGAUAUUGUUUUCUCGAAAAUUGUAAAAAUUCAAACGUGUGUUAAAAAUAUUAAAAAAUUUUUCGUAAACUUCUAAAUUUUCAGCUAUAUAGGAUGGCGACGAAUAUUCUUUUCUGGAGUUUAUAAGCCAUCGAAAGGUGGCU